AUGGGGGUUUGGUCACAGAAAACACUGCAUCCGAAAACUCAACAUGGAGCCUCUCAAAAGAAAACGAUUCCUAAACCUGUAUCUCCUACUACUAAGACCACGACUAAAACUCGUUCUCCAAGAAUCAUUGUACAUUUUGCGAGGCAUGCUCAGGCACAAAACAACCUCCCCCACCUCGAUGCCGAUCCCGAUCCACCCCUAACCCCAAAAGGAACCCUUCAAUGCGCCACUCUCCGUCAGAAAUUUAAAAUAUACAUCCAGCACAUAUUUUAUGUUCGCCGUUACAACGGGGACGGGGGUGGAUUUUGGGGGGGUAGCGGUGGGGUGGGAGAAGGAAGGGGAGAUGGAUGGGGGGAAGAGGAGGGGAAGGGUGGUGAGGAGAAUUUGGGGGUUGGGCGUGGAGACGAGGGAGAAGGAGAGGGAGAAUUGGCACAAUGCCCAAAUCAUCACAUUGACGCUUUUGAAGACGAGCAAGGGAUUAGAGUUUCGAGGGCCGCUGGCUAG